UGUACUUUUAAUAAUCCUUAUCAGAGAGUCAUGAAUGAAGUUAUUCAUCGCAUCAAUGAUUAACAGAGGGGAGGGUAAAUCUCUCCCCUUUGUUUCUUUUUUAUUCUAUUUGUGUCUUGAAUUUCUCUUCUUUACUCUCCAUACCUCUCGAUUCAAACACUCUAUAAAGAAGGAGGAGGAAGCUAUAUAAGAUGUCGCAGGAGGAAGCUUUAGCCCCGACCGAACCUUUAGCAAUAAGAAAAAAUUGUAUGUCUCCUUCCGCCGCCUUGACCUCCUUUCGUUUUCCAUGCCCUGGAUUUCCGUUUCCCCUUGCCCUCCACCCUCGGCGGCCGCCGCCCGAAUCGCUAGCCGGAGGACCGCCGAACUAUUCCCAACCCGCUGCCGCCCGCCACCCCCCAUCACUCCCUCCACCGCGAACUCCUAUCCGGAAUCCUCCUCCUCCGACACCAAGCUCUCCACCUUCUGCGCCGCCGUCGCCGAGUUCUCCAAACGCCCCCAAGGUCUCCUCCCCCCUCCUGGCGUCGGACCCCGUCGCUCCCUCCCCGCCUCCUACAACGUCUUGAUGAAGUCCUUCUCCCGCUGCGGCGACGCCGACGAGGUCCUCCGCCUCUUCCGCGAGCUCCAGCUCUUCCGCCCGACUCGCAACGCUCUCUGCUACAACACCCUCAUCAACUCCCUCGUCGUCGCCAACCGCCACGCCGAGGCCGAGGCCGCCUUCGAGGAGAUGGUCUCGUCCGGAAUCGCCCCGACCACUUCCUCCUAUACAAUUCUCAUAAAGUCGCGAUCUUUACACCCCUCUCUCAUCGAUUCAGCUUAUGAUAUCAUCCAAUCCAUGGUUCGAUCCGGCCGACACCCCGACAGAGUCACCUACUUGACCCUGAUCGCCGGCCUCUGCCGCGCCGGGAGGAUUGAGGAAGCGUGGGGUGUUUUGGAUCAGAUGCUUGAAGCAAGGUUGCUGCCGACUGUUGAAGCUUAUACUUGUAUCGUUCAUGGGUAUUGCUCGGCGGGAAGGAUCGAAGAAGCCAAGAGGUUGAUGGGCACUAUGGAAACCCUUGGCUGUCGGCCGGACGUGGUGACUUACAGCGUGUUGGUCGAGGCCCUAUGCAGAACUGCCGAAUUCGAUGAGGUGGAGAAGAUCUUGAGGGAGAGUGCGUCCAUGGGCUGGAAACCAAAUGCAAUCACCUACAAUAUCUAUAUGAAUGGGCUUUGUAAAGUAGGCAAGGUUGAUGAAGCAUUCCAACUGUUCGAAGUUAUGCGGCAGAGUGGGUUGUGCCCAGAUGCAAUCACUUUGAACAUCCUUUUUGAUUGCCUUUGUCGGGACUCCAAGGUUUGGGAGGCCAAGAGCUUGUUGGAGAGGAAUGCUGAAUUGGAAUGGGAUGUCGACAUCUUCUUCUACAACACUUUGAUGAGUAGGCUGUGUGAGAUCGGUGAAUGGAUCAGUGUUCUAAAGCUCUUGACCGAUAUGGUGAAGAAGGGGGUCGGACCGGAUGCUUGUACAUUUACCAUCGUGAUUCGAAGCCUUUGCAGAGCUGGGAAGCUUCGUAAAGCAAAAUGCAUUAUGAGCAGCAGGGGAUUUGUUGCUGAUGUUGUGGCUUAUAACACUUUGCUUCAUGGGUUUUACAUGGCAGGAGAAUUCAGUGAAGUCCGGCGUCUUUAUGCGAACAUGGUGGUGGAGGAUAUUGUUCCCAAUAAGUUCACGUAUAGUAUCAUGAUUGAUAGUUUUUGCCAAGAAGGAAAAUUUUUGGAAGCUAUUGAUUUUCUUCUUGGAUCCCUCAAAGAUGGGUUCUUAUCUGUUCUGGUUGUUCGUCUAAAUAAUUGGUUGAUUAAGGGAGGGAAGCUGAGAGAGAUACUAAAACUGCUCGAAGAAAUUACAGAACGAGGAUCGGUUCCAGACGUGUGUAUAUUCAAUGCGCUGAUAAGUGCAUUUUGCAGGGAGGGAUACUGUCAGAGUGUAGACGUAUAUAAAGUUUGUCUCAUUCUCGACAAAAUGCUUGGAGUCAAAUAAGUUAUCUCAAGAUGAUGCGAUUUGUCUGAUCAAUAGUCUGAAUCUUUCUGGAGAGCAUGGGCUUAAGUAAGGUAAGCGUGCGAGCGUGCGUGCGUGCGAGCCAGCCAGCCAGCCAUUCUGAAUUGUUCGACUUUCGCUUACAGAUAUACAAGAAGUUCAGCCAACAAUUUAAAGUUAAAAUGAGUGUCGAAUACUUUGCGAAGGAAAUUCUUGUUGAGGACAAACAAGAAAGGAAGGGUUUCAUAUUCUUGGCGUCAAAUUCUACAGGGGAACGCAUGGCUGGUUAUUGGAAUCCAGCACCAAUGUUUUUGGGUCAUUUGACAAUAGACACUCUUGAAAACGGGCACAGGAAUUUCUUCACCAGGGAUCUUUCUUCAUAUAUCUUCUUUGGUCUGAUGUCUAUAUGGAUGCGAUGGAUCAUGAUCACAGUAUGCGAUGGCAUUGAUUUUACUUGAGAAGAAAGUGAUGCAUGGUUGGUAUGUUGAUCUGAAGCUUGGGUGACCUUGUCGGCAUUGGCUGCCGAUCUCUUCUCUCUCGCAUUCAUGCAGACUUAUUAUGCCAUCCUUGGCAAUCAUUACGAGUAGAUGGUGCAAUUACUUUAUUAUUAUUAUUUGGAAGAUGUUCUAGCACAUGGUGCGAUUAUUUUAUUAUUAUUAUCUGCUGAAUCUUUGUAGAGUGCUGAAUGGGUAGAUGUUCUUCCUUAGGUUACCAAGAUAUAAGUACCUGGUGAUUUCUCGUUAGACACGCAUUCAGGAUGUUUACAACGUCUUCCAGUUGGUUGGUCUAUAGAUUUGCUUAGUUAGUUUUCUUGUUUUAUUUAAGUGUAAUUUUUGUGCUUAAGUUUCAUUUUCUAGAAACUAAUGUUGUUAUGAGGUUUAAAAUGGUCAAAAGGUGCUGUUCAUUUGCAAUUUCUGGUCGUAUUUCUUGUUUGGAGUAGCUAAUGAUGCGGCACGCGGAUGAAUUCAAAGAGGAGGUUUUGAUAUAUCUUUUUUUAGUCCAAAUAAAAGCUCCCUAACAAGCCACGGCGAAUAACAUCGUCACCUUUUUCCCGCAAUAAUCAGAUUUGCAUCUAACGAGAACAGCUUCACUCUUACAACCCUGGAAAACACAAUGAGUAAAAAUAGUAUAACGAAAGGUAUUCCAAAAAAAAGAGCUAUGACUUUAAUACAAGUUGUCCAUACAGAAUAUCAAAGAAUGAUGUUCUCACACCACCCUUAAAAAAUAAUAAUAAUAAUAAAAA